AUGGGUGCUGGUCAGUCGUCUUCCAGCGGUGCUCAGGAAGCAGUCCCCGAGGCACAGAAGACGGGCUACUACACUCUCCUCGGCAUCGAACGUGAUGCCACCGAGGACGAGAUCAAGAAGGCCUACCGUCGCAAGGCUCUCGAGCUACAUCCUGACCGCAACUACGGAAACGUCGAGUCUGCCACCGCAUUGUUCGCCGAAGUCCAAUCCGCCUACCAAGUCCUCUCGGAUCCGCAAGAAAGAGCUUGGUAUGACUCUCACGAGACCCAAAUCCUGCGAGGAGAUGAUCCCACUACUGGAGGUGCAGGCGCUGGCGAGUACGAGUAUGGCAACGUCAAGAUGACAAGCGCCGAAGACUUGGCUCGCAUGCUCCGAAAGUUCAACAGUGGCGUCGAGUUCACCGAUGCUCCCUCAGGCUUCUUUGGCUUCCUUCGCGAGACCUUUGACCAGCUAGCGAAAGAAGAGGAGGCUGCUGCUCACUGGGAGGAUCUUGAUCUGCCUGACUACCCGUCUUUCGGCCACAAAGAUGAUGCAUACGACCAUGUGCCCAAGUCCUUCUAUGCCGUCUGGCUGUCCUUCAGCACCCGCAAGUCCUUCGCCUGGUGCGACAAGUAUCGCCUCUCUGAAGCCCCCGACCGCCGAUACCGCAGGUUGAUGGAGAAGGAAAACCAGCGUUUUCGAGAACAAGGCAUUCGCGAGUUCAACGAAUCCGUCCGCGCUCUCGUCGCGUUUGUCCGCAAGCGCGAUCCACGCUACAUACCGAACACCCAGACCGAAGCCGAGCGCCAAAAGCUUCUCCGAGAUGCUGCCGCUGCUCAAGCUGCAAGAGCAAGAGCCGCCAAUCAGAUCAAUACAGAAGACUCUGCCAUCCCCGAGUGGGCGCAGACAAUCACAAAAGACGAGCAUGAAGGUGUCGUUGGAGAGAGUGAAUCAGAGGUGGACCAAGUUUUCGAGUGCGUCGCAUGCAAAAAGACAUUCAAGAGUGAGAAGCAAUGGGACGCGCAUGAGAAGAGCAAGAAACACCAGAAGGCUGUUCAUGCAUUAAGGAAGAAGAUGCAGAAGGAGAACGCAAAUUUGAAUCUGGACAGCGAGCCAACAAGCGGAGAUGCCACACCACUAGAUGUUGAAGACUACGAACCUCUACCGGAAGACCAAUACCCCAUGAUGGAAGACGAGCCUUUGCCAGAAGACCAGUACCCUAUCAUGUAUGAUGAUGCGGCAGCGAACAUGAACGACCUUACCUUGCACGACGAUAUCUCUGAUUCUGCGGACGAAGGAGGUACACCAUCUGUCAAACUUACGGAAGCCAGCGAACAGCCGACGGAGCAAAGUGCAGACACGACUGACUCCUCAGACGACGAAUACGCCCCUGCUUCACAAGUGAAGGCCCGCCUUGGGCACGAUUCUCCCUCGAAACCAGACGUUGAGCCGACUCUUGAUGGAGAGUCCGAAUCGCCCUCAGCACAAGCACCGAAGAAGGGUAAGGCUGCCCAGAAGAGAGCAAAGAGGGCCGCGGCCGCCGCAGCUGUAUCCGCGGAGCUGGACGAGAACAAGUUCAAUUGCGCGACGUGCGAUGCCAUGUUCCCGUCCAAAACCAGACUUCACCAGCAUAUCAAGGACUUCAAGCAUGCUGCUCUCAAGAGUGUGGCUUCUGCUGGAGCGCCUACGGCCGUAUGA